GUUCUCUGCUCCACAGCGAUGAUCUCGAAAUAAGCUGCAGGCAGCUGCACUUCUUUUUUUCCACUUAUAAGAUCUACCAAAAAAAAAAAAAAAAUUGGCAAGCAUGAGCAAACGGAGCAUUGUUCGUUGUUCGUGAGUUCGUUCUGCAUUUUUUCAUGAGUUUCUUUCCUGAAAUCCUAUGGUUGGUUUUUUCUUUUCCCUACUUUUUCUUGUUCAAUGUUGAAAGAGCAGCAUCCUGAAUGGGGAUCAUUGUUGUAUUAUAUUAAUAUGAAUUUAAGACUAUUGGUAGAAUCCAAUACCUAAAGAGUAUGGAGAAGAUAAUUGCUGCCAGUUGCAACCAAGUGUUCUUGCUGUUGCUUCUAGCCUCUCUAAUGGUUACAGCAGAGAUUUUGGAUACCACUUUUCUUCAUGCUUAUGCUGAACUAUUUAAGCUUGCAGUCUUAAUUUAUGAAACAAGAAAUUUGUUUUAAGGGUUGGUAGGGUGCCUUUGGGACCAUCCGAGCUGCAAUAGCAACUUCUGUUUGAUUGAUUCUCUAAUGCUUGGUUUUUUUGAAUUUCCAUUUGCUUAGUCUGAUCCUUGGUUGGCUUGCUCUUUUAGUUUAUUAAUACUCUAAAUAAAGGAGCUUAAUCUGUUAAAUGCAGUGUUUCCUGUUUAUUUAUCAUUUAGUUUAGACUGGACUAGAUUUGUAAGUCUUUUGUUGACUUUUAACAGAGCUUAUUUGUGUUUUACAUUUCAGAUUUUACUAAAAUAAUUUCCUCUUGUCUGUUGGUGUAAGAAAUACCCAUCAAUGGAGUUGAGAGGUCUCUUCCAGUAUCUAGUGAAUCAGUUAAAAAAGGGGCUGGGAAUUGAGCUUGUUCUCCUACUGAUUCAAUCUUGCUUCUCAUAACAAGAAAACAUGUUUGGGGAUCCAUGCAAGCUGGCCUUUUGAUCGCAGAAUUGCCAUGAACUAAGCCUCCUUUUCUAGUCCAAAAUGAUCUGAUUUGGUCAUUUCUAAUUUGAUGCAUUUUGGUCGUUUCCUUAUUGCAUUCAUUUGUUUAACCCAUUUCAUUUUUCUUGUUACAGUUAAAGUUGCAAGUGGCCAGUUCGUAUUCCAGCCAUGGUCCCGUUGAAAACAUCAACAAUGAUAAAGUCAAAGACAAUUUGGUAGAAUUUUAUUUUAUUUUUUCACAAUGAAACAAUAUAUGUAUUUUGAAAAU